AUGGGUCGCCAUCACAAAACUCUUGAAGUCAAGGUACGUUUAAUUCAUUCCCUAAAAAAACCUAGUCAUAUUCCUCCUCUUCAUUUUGACGUACCAUUUGGUUUGACCUCUGAAAAGACAAGAAUUGUUGGCUCCGCCAAUGGCUUAAUCUGCUUGAAUCUCGUUAACCAUAAUGGUGUCGCGAUUGUUAUAUGGAAUCCAGCCAUUAAAACAUUCAAGCCAGUUCCGAGAUCUCCAUAUGUUUCAACCCUAGGUAAACUCAGUGUAACCGAUCUAGGGUUUGGUUAUCACCCAGGGAAUGAUGACUAUAUGGUUGUUCGACUCUUGAACGUUGCUACAUCGAGGAGGAAGUAUGAGGUUGAAGUUUACACGUUGAGCACGAAUUCUUGGAGAAAAAUAGCAAGUGAUGGUCGUGUUUUGUUAGUUAUUCUUCCCUUUUGGAAACCAAUGGCUCCUGGAAUGGUCGUGGUAAAAGGUGUUAUUUAUUGGGUAGGAGUUGAAGUUAGAAAUGAAGAAAUGUGUAGUGUCGUGGUUUCUCUUGAAAUGAGCAUUGACGAGUUGAAUUUUAUUUCACCACCUAUAGAACAUCAUGGCAUUGUGGUUGACCUAAGGGAAGCAAUAACAUUAAGGCUCUUCAACUUAAACGAAUCGUUGGCUUUGAUUUAUUCUGAAAAUCUCGAAAAAGUUGAUAUAUGGAUGAAUGCAGGAUUUGAUAUAUGGAUUUUAAAUGAAAAUGAUGUUGAAAGAACUUGGAGUAGAAGGUUUAAAGUUGAACCAAGUCAAGGGUUGUUAUUAGAAGCUGGAUUUUGGGAGAAUUCUAAGGCAUUGGUAGCAGAAGAGAGGAAAGACAUGUGUUUUGAUGUAAAUCGAGAAUAUGUUUAUACAAAAGGUGAGACAAAAUUAUAUUUAUAUGAUAUUAUUAAAGGAGAUGUUGAGAUUAUUGAAAACCAUGAGCUUCGAGCCCCAUUUCAAGCUUAUAGUUAUUUGGAGAGCUUGGUGAAUGUGAAGGGAGGAGUUAAUGUUGCAAAGGAGGUUGAUUUGUCAAAGUUAUUAGAUUUUGACCCUUUACUUCUUUGA